CUCCUGGGAAUCUUUCCUUGAGGGGCAAGCGUGCGUACCGAUACUGCCAUAAACUUCGCUGGACACCACCACACAUACAUGUACAUACAUUGCCAAGAGACCACAGCACCCCGCAUAGCACCCAACAUCAGACCAAAGGCAUCCCACACACUGCCUGCCUCUUGUGAUCUGACCCUCUCUCUGUGUCAAACCUUGAAGUGAAAGAACUGAAAGAAUGGUAGUUCGCCUGCGAUUGCAACGCUUCGGGCGUACACAUGCUCCCUUUUAUCGAAUGGUGGCGGCUCACUCCAAGGCCCCUCGAGAUGGUCGAUUCCUGGAGAUUGUUGGCACAUACAAUCCUAUUGCGAACCGGCAUGGAAUGAAGGAAAUUCGACUCAAGACAGAUCGCCUCAAGUACUGGAUUGCUGUGGGCGCUCAACCAUCGGACAGAGUGGCUUGGAUAUUGGGAAAAUUUGGGAUAUUGCCACCACCUCCAAGAAGGACGUCCUUUGAAUCUGCAGUGCCGAAAAAAGAUCGGAAUAAAGAUGAUUAG